UGUGUGUUUUUUCUUUCUGUCCCUCUAGGGGGUACUGACAUUGUGUCAUGUUUCAUGGGCCAGAACCCAACAGUUCCAGUGUAUUAUGGAGAGAUCCAAACAAGAAAUCUUGGCAUGGCUGUAGAAGCCUGGAGCUGUGACGGUAAGCCUGUAUGGGGAGAGAGCGGUGAGCUGGUGUGCUUGAAGCUCCCCUGUCAGCCUACACUCUGGAAUGAUGACAACGGCAUCAAAUACCACAAAGCAUAUUUUUCGAAAUAUCCUGGUGUGUGGGCCCAUGGAGACUACUGUAAAAUCAACCCUAAAACUGGAGGCAUUAUAAUGCUGGGCAGAAGUGACGGGACACUGAAUCCCAAUGGAGUCCGCUUUGGGAGCUCAGAGAUCUACAAUAUUGUAGAGGCAUUUGAAGAAGUGUCAGACAGUCUUUGUGUUCCUCAGUACAAUGCCGACGGAGAAGAGCGAGUUAUUUUGUUUGUGAAGAUGGCAGCCGGUCACACCUUCUGUCCAGACUUGGUAGUGAACAUUAAAGGAGCCAUUAGGAAAGCUCUGUCUGCCCGACACGUACCUGCUCUGUUGCUAGAGACCAGAGACAUUCCUUACACCCUCAGCGGUAAGAAGGUGGAGGUGGCUGUCAAACAGGUGAUUGCUGGCGGGGAAGUGACGCAAAGAGGAGUGUUCUCUAACCCUGAUUCCCUGGACCUUUACAAGAACAUUCCAGAACUACAAAACGUCUAGACACAGAACUGGAGAAACUGAUCGGUGUAUGGUUUCGUUUAUAAAUUUAACUUCGAUGUGUAUUCACUGGUACAGGGAAGCAUACAGGUACAAUUUUUUAGUAUUGUGCAGGUCAUGUUAAAAAACAAAUUUAAAAAAACAGCUGGGUCCAUAUGUAUUUGGACAGUCACACAAUUUUUGUAAUUUAGCCUCCGUAUAUCACCACAAUAAAGUUGAAAUGAAAGUGUCAAGAUGUGCCUUUCAAGUUUUAAUCAAGGGGUUUAACAAAACAAGAGUCCAAGACAUAGAGAGAGUGAGAGAGAGAAACAGAGAGAUGAAAUUUAUUGUCAUUGU